CAGAGAAUAAAAUCUUUGCAAGGUCAGCUCCAGGAACAGUUAGUGUGAGACACUCCAGGCCAACAGAAAGAACCACUUAUCAUUGUAAAUGUGUCUGGUUUGCCUCUGAGGCACUGAGAUGAUAUUGCUGGGAUAUACUGUUUUGCUCCUGGUAUGGACAUCUACUGCACAAAAAGAUUGUGAAACUCCACCUCCUAGAAGAACGAAGGAAAUACCCAUAGGUACCUGGGAUGAGGCAUCCUAUCCACAUGGUACUUCAGUAAAUUACAAUUGUCGGCCUGGGUACAUAAAACUAGGUCGUGUUACAUUUGAGUGUAACGAUGGUAUGUGGAAACACAUCUACCCGUACGUGGAAUGUAGAAACAAACCCUGUGGGCAUCCUGGCGAUCUUCAGUUUGGCUCCUUUGAACUUACUGCUGGAACUGAGUUUGUAUUUGGUGCUCGUGUUGAGUACAAAUGCGAUGAAGGAUAUCAAAUGCUCAGCCAAAGAAAUUUCCGUGAAUGUCUGGCAGAUGGAUGGAACAAUGAAGUCCCCCAUUGUGAAGUGAGGAAGUGUUUACCAGUACAAGCACCAGAAAAUGGAAAAAUCCUUGCAACAGGUGUAUAUGAGGUGGACGAAGAAUAUUCCUUUGGCCAAGUCAUACAGUUUCAAUGUAAUGAAAACUAUAAACUUUCCGGAGCUAAAGAAAUACAUUGCUCAGAUAAUGGAAAUUGGAAUGCUCAUGUACCUACAUGCAUAGGUGAGAAGAAAAUAUGUAUUUUUAGUUUAGUGACAUUUCUCUUUAGCCAAGAUGAUCUGAGUUUACAGCUGAUGCUCUUAUAA